UUAUGCCAUUUGGCCUUACGAAUGCCCCGGCCACUUUCCAAGCGGCUAUGACAACGGAGUGCCGACACAUGCUGGAUCGAUACGUACUCAUCUACCUCGACGACAUCCUAGUGUACAGCCGGAGUUUGGAGGAGCAUGUGGAACACCUGCGCACCGUUUUGGAGCGGCUACGACAAGCCAAGUACAAAGCCAACCGCGACAAGUGCGAAUUCGCACGACAGGAGCUGGAGUACUUGGGACAUUAUGUGACGCCGCAAGGCAUCCGCCCGCUUGCAGACAAGAUCGAGGCCCUACGAGAGUCCGGCACAACAAUGAAACCAAGUUCAGCUUGGCAUCCUCAGACAGACGGGCAGACGGAGCGGGCACAUCAAACCGCUCAAAUGAUGCUUCGUACGCUCAUCCGUCCGGACCAGAAAGAUUGGGUUGACCGCCUCCCCGACAUCGAGUUCGCCUACAACACUUCRGUGCAYYCGGCGAUCGGCGUGACUCCAUUCGAGUUGCACCACGGUGGACGGAAAGGACGUAUCUUCGCCGACCUUCUCCUCCCUCGACCAGCCGACAUUGACGCUGCCUGCUCCCCCGCUUCCGUCCGGAAGUACAGGGAAUUGCUGACUCAAGCCCGCGCAAAUAUGCAAAAGGCUCAAGUCCACAUGCAGCAGCAAGCCAACAGGCGUUGCGUACCAUGUCCCAUCCGCGCCGGUGAUCUGGUUUGGGUCUCCGCGGAAGAGUUUGCAUUGGAACAGGAUGUUUCACGCAAACUGCUUCCCAAGUGGUUUGGACCUUGGUCUAUGACAGCAGCCGCGGGCAAUGAGCCCGAUGGCCCUUCAUUUGUGAUCAACAUUCCAGAGCAUCUGACGGUCCAUCCGGUCUUCCACGCCUCGAAGCUGGCAACAUACACGCCAGCCAAGAGCGACGACUUUCCGGGCCGACGAUUGCAGGACCCUCCCUCUAUGGAUGGUCAUCAGGAAGUUGACUGCGUCAUCUCCGAUCGCAAGUACGGCAGCAAGCCGCGGCAGUACAAAGUCACAUUCAAAGCAUGCGAUCGCGAUGACACUCGGUGGAUUUCAGGCGCAGAUUUGAAAGCAUCCGCACCGCUGAUCUACGAGCAUUAUGAAAAGCGGAGGUUAGCUCAGGAAGUUUCACGACCAGCCCCUCCCACCCGGACUGUGGUCCCUCCCUCAGACAGACAGCUUCGCCCCCGCAGUCCUGCCCCUGGGAUGGUUAGAUUAGAAGUAAGGGAAGCGCAGGCAGGACUGAAAUUGGGAACCGCACGGACUUCUAGAAAGGCCAGGACGGACAGGGGCACAAGUAGAAUUUGGGUAGUACCCGGUAGAGAUUUUCCCGCAACUCAGAAAACAAGGGAUGAAAAGAAAGAGGAAAUGGAUGCUUAUGGCGACAGCUAUUUUGAAGACAUAGAUCGCAAGGACCUUAUCCAGUGUUUUGCAAAUCUUACAGGUGGAUUAGGCAAAGAGGUCAGCAAGGAUCUUGUGGACCAUUAUCGCUCAAAGUAUUGCCCCACAAAGAACUGGUGCCUUUUCGGAGGAGCGAACAUCUAUGUUCACAAGCCCAUCCACUCUACUAACCGGGAUUCUCAAGCUGUUGCAACAUGCACUCUGGAGAGACUGAAGCUUGAGAUCGGAUGGCAUUCCGGAAAGACAUCUGAAGGCCUGUCUCCUUCUACCACUCAUGUGAUCAUUUUUGUCCCACCAGAUCGUCAACUGUCAUUCACAAACAUAGCAAAGAGUUUCCCAUCCGAUCUUCGGGCAUUGCUUUCAUCACACAAGCGCCAUGUUGUCAGACACAAUUGGGUUCAAGACACCAUUCAUUACAACCGACGUGCAGCAGAAAAUGAAUAUGAGAUCAGGGAUAAGAAAGAUAUACAUCAUGAGGAAGAGGAACCGGCACCCGCCAUACAUCACCAGGAAGUGGAAAUAGCAGCCGCUGGUUCUGAGACUGUAGAAAUACUGGCUGGAAAAGAGCAGAGCCAUAAGAUGGACGGGCUUGGAUCAGCUGCAGUUGAUGGUGCUGAUUCCACUGCACGGCCAGCUGGUCGAAGAAAGAGGGGAAGGACCCUUAACAGCGGAAACCAAGAUGAUGACUACAUUCCCAGCACCAAUAAUGCACGCAGCAGGUCGAACACGAAGGUAAGGCGGUAUGCAAAAGCAGAAGAGACAGAAGUUGCUCGGAAAUCCCGCAGUCGCCGGCGGGAGUUUGGGGCCGGAGCCGGAGGACUGGAAUGUGCCGAAGAAGAAACAGGAGGAGCAAAAGAAGGUUCUCUUCUGACACAGAAACCUGGCGACGCUCCCUCGCACUGCUCGACUUUCAAAAGGGCGACGCAAACCGAAUCGCUAGAAGUCCUGGGGGGAAGAAGAGUCACAGAAACCACUACAAACGCGAUGGAUGGGAAGACCGGCAGCGAGAGCUGGUGUGAAGAGGAGGCAGAAGAAGAGGACGAUCCUGUGAGCAUGAUGAUUGCAGGUCUAAUGCCGAAAGAGUGGAAACCGAACCUGUCUCGAAGGAAGGAUACCCCCCAAGCACUCACGCAACCGUCUCAAAGAAAAUACACCAACGAAGCACUCUUUCUUACGACAACGGUCCUGCAGGGCAAGGAAAAGGAAUCACCGCAUGGUCUCGUUGUGCCUGGUUUUCAAAACCCUAUGCCUAAAAGCCGUAGUCCAAAAGAACUGCGCGAUCACUGCUUUGCACAACAGCAACCAGCGGCCAAGACAGCAGCUCAAAUGUCAGACUUCUCACGCGAGGGUAUAAAUACUAUAAAGUCAAAAGAUCUUGAUGAUAUCCCAUCCUGGCGGCCAACAGAUAUGGAAUGGCAAGACUCAGACUCUUCCGCGAGAGGAUGUACAGAGGCGAGGCUAAUGACGGUAAGCACAGGCAGAGUACGGCCCAGUGCUGCCAACACGAGCAGCAUUCGGAUGUGCUCUGGAAGAGAAAUAGCUGGCCCUGAGGGAGUUAAUGGUGCCCAACCUCUGAAUCCAGUAAGUGGCGGAAGCAGUAAAUUUACAUGGAGCAAAUCACCGGAGAGGAAAGAAGCAGCUUUAGGAGAAGCAGGAGUGCCAGCAAAAGAACCCCCAAAAUUACGUGAUGAUUUCCGCAGUGGCGAAGGUGGUAUUGCAGCUCGAGUGCCAGAACCGUCAAGGGAACAUCCCAAAUACCAGCAUCUGGGAAGAACAACUGAAGGAGUUCCCGAGGCGGAGGCGGGACCAAGGAUCGGGCUCAAGGCGGGGGCGGCACAAAUUAUCGGGCCCAAGAGGGUAAGCUGCCUGGCGAUGGUAAAGGAACUCCUGGAGAGGGACAGGAAAAUGCGCGGCACAGGCACAAAUGUGUAGGAAGGUUCUAGCUCAAUUGGUACACCCAUGACAUGUUGAAGUAUAGAGCUGAGUUCGAAUUCCAGUGGAAUCAGAUGAGUGAAAACAAAUCUAAAUUUACCUG